GUCCCCGGUGCGCCCCACGUGCCGCCGCCGCCGCCAUGGGCGUGCUGCCGGUGCCGGCGGAGGUGCGCGCCAUCCUGCUGGACAUCGAGGGCACCACCACCCCCAUCGCCUUCGUCCAGGAGACCUUGUUCCCUUACAUCAAAGACAACGUGAAGGAGUAUCUGCGUGCUCACUGGGAGGAGGAGGAGUGCCAGCGGGAUGUCGGACUUCUGAGGAAACAGGCUCAGGAGGACUCCAGCUUGGACGGAGCCGUGCCAAUCCCUCUGGAGAGCGGAAGUGGGGAAGAGGAGCUGGAGCGGGUCAUCCAGGCGGUUGUGGACAAUGUGCACUGGCAGAUGUCCCUGGACAGGAAGACCACAGCACUGAAGCAGCUGCAGGGUCACAUGUGGAGGGCAGCCUACGCCACCGGGCUCGUCAAAGGAGAAAUCUUUGAGGACGUGGUUCCAGCCAUCCGGAAGUGGCGGGAAGCAGGGAUGAAGGUCUAUAUCUACUCUUCAGGCAGCAUUGAAGCCCAGAAGCUUCUGUUUGGAUAUUCUACAGAAGGUGAUAUCUUAGAGCUCUUUGAUGGCCACUUCGAUACCAAAAUAGGCCCCAAGGUAGAAAGUGAGAGCUACAGAAGGAUUGCCGCCAGCAUUGGGUGCGCCACCAACAACAUCCUCUUCCUGACGGAUGUCCCAAGAGAAGCCAAUGCGGCUGAGGAAGCGGAUACUCACGUGGCUGUGGUGAUCAGACCAGGCAACGCAGGACUGACAGACGAUGAGAAAUCGUAUUACAGCCUCAUCUCGUCUUUCACCGAACUUUUCCUGCCUUCCUCCACUUAGGGAAAGCGGUGCACGCACAAAAGACUGUGCUUCACCUGAAUUGUCCUUGUGAAACAUUAGGUAAUUUUGUCCAUUAUAAGAAUUCAAAACCAAAUCCACAUCAUGUCUCGGACCCACAACCAGUGCAGGCAGGUAUGGACGGACAGUACGGUGUGGGGUCCCUUGUGCAGUAGGACGGAGGCCUGCUGCCAGCUGGAGCUGGGAACAGGGUGAGGAGCAGCACCCAUGAACCCUGCUGUUCCUCCCCUUUCCUGGCUAGCAGUUAGCUAAGGAGAUGCUUCCUUCAGAGUCACCCACUGAAAUCUGGUGCUGAGAUGCCCCACCAUGAGCUCUGUCAUUUUUAGCAGCAGUCUGCAAGCAAGGUUUAUGUCCCUUGUCCCAGAGGGACUCCUGAGGACCAUGAGGGAAUAUGAUCUCCUCCCUGCAAAUGGGGUUGCUGGCUAAGUCAAAACUUUCAAAGUUAGGAUUCCCAAAGGAAAAUGCCAGCUGUGGGCUGUAACACAGUAGCUGACACAGAAAAAGCCAGCCCUUGCUGCAGGCAAGCUUUUUAGACGAAGAACAACAUAUAUAUUGGCUAUAUCUGCAGCAGGUCUAGGUACAAAACAGUACAACUUGCAUAUGGAAGCUGCUUAGAGCUGCACAGCCAGCCUACUAGAAUGAAGUAGAGUAUAUAUAAGUAUAGCUUUAAAAAUUAAAUUCUGGACACACUCCACUGCUGCAUUGUGGUGCUGGGCUAUAGGAUAUAACUGGCUGAACACCAAAGUCAGCUUGACUGCAUUUCUGAAGUAUCUCAGCACUAACCCAUGGAGCUCCUCCUCAGUAGCCAGCACCACCCAGUCACCCAUUCAUAGCACUGGUCAGCUGUGGGCAAACCUUGACAAACUGCUCCCAGGGGGGCCAUCCUGCUGCAUUUAAUGAGAAUUAAAACCCUGACCUGUUCACCCUACCUAAAUUGCGCCAAUGUAUAUCAGAUGGUCAUGGAGCUUUUCCUAAUACAGUAAAUAAAAAAACAAUUUGGCUUUCA